AUGGGCAGCGGCGCUUCGAAAUAUGCGGUGGAGGUCGACAAGGUCUGCGCCAUCACUGCCCGAGCUGAGGAACGGCGCGUUCGCAAUCUCAUUGCUCGUGGCUCCGCAGACGCCGCAGAGACCUACAAGCAGCUGAUCGAAGGUAUGGCAAGGCAUGUAGAUGAUGCCGAGUUUCAGGAUGAAGCUUGCGACCUCCUGAUCUCAUUCAGCGAAGAAACCUCGCAUAUGGAAGCCUUGGUAGAGGCAGGUGUCGUGAAGGCAGUGGCGGCGGCCAUGUACAAUCAUUCCGAGAAGGAGCUCCGACGCAAAUGCAUGAAGUGCUUGCUCAAGAUUUGCCGUGGUCGGAAAGGCAUCUCGGGAUCCGAUGUUCGGCGCAUGCUCGAGGGCAUACUCGAGAAGCUCCCGAGCGACACGAAGAAGGAACUCCUGGACAUGGCCGAGAAGGAGGGGAACGAGGAGGAGGCGGAGGUGGAGCAGGUGGAGCGCACGGACGCCGAGGCGGAAGAGACCGUGCGGUCCGAAGGGCCUUGGGUGCCUCCUUCGGCCGUUAUGGAGAUGGCCUUCCAGAAGGCCUCCGAGGAAGAGAUGGUGGCCGCCACGAAAGCUGCGGUGAGGCACCUCCACAGCGUCACGCAGUUGGCCUUGAACCUCCGAGGCCAGCUGUUGGGAGACAAGGAGUGCCAGCGGCUAGGCAAGGCCUUGCGGACGCCGAAGCUGGAGGAGCUAAGCCUGGACCUGGGUGCUGCGAUCCGCCAGGGUUACAAAAGUUUGGCGGGCGGCCUGAAGCAUCUCAAGGAUCUCCGAAAGCUCACCCUGGGACUGCGGAAUAACCCGAUGUCCGAGCAGGACUGCGAGACGCUGGCUGAAGCCCUGAAGGCCCUUACGGCUCUGAGAUGCUUGGUGCUGCGGCUCCCAGAGCAACAGUCCGGUUCCCACAAGGGCUGGGAGGCCCUGAAAAGGGUGCUUCCAUGCCUCCCAAACCUGAAUGACCUCACCCUGGACCUCCAGCAAUUCUGCAUCAACAGAGCUGCUGAGCUGCACACUGAGCCAGUUCUGUAA